GUGAUUGUGGCGGUAUGUGUAUCGGUGUGUGAUGAAUUCAUGUCGUAUAACGAGUUGCUAAGAGCCGACCGCGACCGGAUUUAUUAUGUUUAAUUUAUUAAGUUGUGGUAAUUUCGGCUCGGUCUGUCACAAGUGAAAAUAAAAAGUUCGGUGUUUGUAGUUGCGCAACUGGACGACCCACUUUGUUUAUAAAUUUUAUAAGGUUAUAAAGAAAAAUUGUAAAUGAAACGGUGAAUGGAUGCUAAAUAUCCGAGUUUUGAUUGAGUCGGGGCCCGGCGCGUGAUCACAAUAGUCGUGGCCGAAUGCUACAGUGGAUAUCAUCAUGACGUCAUACAAUUCCACGCUCGAUGAUUUCUGUGGCUCAAAAUUUUGGGAUAGCAAUCUUACGUGGUACACAGAAGACCCAGAGUUUACGGAGUGCUUCGAAAAGACUGUGUUAAUAUGGGUACCUUGUGCCUAUCUGUGGUUGGCGGCUUUACUAGACGCAUACUACAUUCUCCACAGCAAGGAAAGAAAUAUACCAUGGAACAUUCUGAAUAUAAGUAAGCUGGUGGCUACAUGUGUGUUGAUACUGUUGAAACUGGUGGAUCUGGGAGUCGCUGUACAUAAGUCGUCCAAGGAUGAUGAGGAUGUAUUCAGUGCAGAUUACUAUAGUCCUCUAGUGAAGAUUGCUACUUUUAUACUAUCAGCGACUCUGCUAUUCUACAACCGCAAGUACGGCAUGCGGGCGUCGGGAGUGCUGUUCUUUUUCUGGCUGCUGCUGGCCAUAGCGGGUAUACCGCAGCUGCGGACGGAGAUCCGGGAACACUCGAGAAGGGCGGACGAUGAGAACGUCCAGUACAACUUCGUCAGCUACAUGAUAUAUUAUCCCGUGGUGCUGCUGAUGUUCGUACUCAACUGCUUCGCCGAUCUGCCCGCGAGAGACACGCCCUAUAAGUAUGAGAAGAACCAGUGUCCGGAGAACGCGUCGGGUUUCCCGAGCCGGCUGACGUUCAGCUGGUUCGACCCGCUGGCGCUGACGGGCUUCCGGCGGAGCCUAACGGAGGGCGACCUGUGGGCGCUCAACCCGCCGGACUCCUCCAAGGAGGUGGUGCCCAAGUUCGAUAAGUUCUGGGAGAGGACGCUCCGGAAACGAGAACAGAAGAAUAACCCAAAAGCGACGUACAGCAAGACAUCAGCGAGUGUGAACUUCAAGCCGGAGAGCGAGCGGAAACCGGCGUCGAUACUGCCCGCGUUGUGCAUGGCCUUCGGCGGGCAGUUCCUGUUCGGUGCCUUCAUGAAGCUCAUCAACGACUGCUUCAUGUUCAUAUCGCCGCAGCUGCUCAAACUGUUGAUCGGUUUCGUGAAGAGUCACGAGCCGGAUUGGAAGGGCUACAUGUACGCCGUGGCCCUGCUCCUGUGCGCGACCGCUCAGACCAUGCUGCUGGCGCACUACUUCACGCGCAUGUACCUGGUGGGCAUGCGCAUCCGGACGGCGCUCACCAGCUCCAUAUACCGCAAGUCGCUGAGGAUAUCCAACGCGGCGAGAAAGGAGUCGACUGUAGGCGAAAUCGUCAACCUCAUGUCUGUUGAUGCGCAGAGAUUUGUGGAGUUGACGGCGUACCUGAACAUGAUAUGGUCGGCGCCGCUACAGAUUGCCCUAGCGCUGUACUUCCUGUGGGGUAUUCUAGGCCCCUCGGUGCUUGCGGGGUUGGCGGUGAUGAUAGUGCUAAUCCCGGUCAACGGGCUGAUCGCCAACAGGGUUAAAACCCUCCAGAUCAGACAGAUGAAGUACAAAGACGAGAGGGUUAAGCUCAUGAACGAAGUGUUGAAUGGAAUUAAGGUAUUAAAAAUGUACGCCUGGGAGCCGAGUUUUGAGGACCAAAUACUAAAAAUAAGAAAUAAGGAGAUGAAUGUACUGAAACAGACCGCCUACCUCAACUCUGCGACGUCCUUUAUUUGGUCUUGUGCGCCCUUCCUGGUGAUAUUUUUAACUUUCUUCACGUAUGUGAUUAGCGACCCGGAGAACAAUAUUCUGACACCGGAGCGGAUAUUCGUGUCGAUGUCCCUGUUCUAUAUAAUGCACAUGCCGCUAGGCUUGCUACCGCUCAUCGUGGUCUCAAUUAUCGAGACGUCAGUGGGUAUAAAGAGAUUAAACAAAUUUAUGAACAGCGAGGAACUUGACCUGAGCGACGUGGAACACGAUCGCAAUGAAAAGAAUCCCCUCGUGAUCGAGAACGGUAACUUCUCGUGGGGUGACGACGCUGAACCUAUACUCAAGAACAUAAACAUCAACGUCCCGCGCGGCAGCUUGGUGGCCGUAGUGGGGGCGGUCGGCUCCGGCAAGAGCUCGCUGCUGGCUGCCCUACUCGGGGAGAUGAGCAAGGUCUCCGGAAGAGUUAAUACUACAGGCACAUGCGCGUACGUCCCUCAGCAGGCGUGGAUCCAGAACGCGACGCUGCAGGACAACAUCCUGUUCGGCAAGCCGCUGGACAAGGCGCGGUACGAGCACGCGAUCAGCGUGUGCGCGCUCAAACCCGACUUCGACGUGCUGCCCGGCGGCGACCAGACGGAGAUCGGCGAGAAGGGUAUAAAUCUGUCGGGCGGGCAGAAGCAGCGCGUGUCUCUAGCGCGCGCGGUGUACUUCGACGCCGACAACUACUUCCUCGACGACCCGCUCAGCGCCGUCGACUCGCACGUCGGCAAACACAUCUUCGAUAAGGUGCUCGGCCCCAACGGAUUGCUGCGCGACAAGACGCGCGUGUGGGUGACGCACCAGGUGUCCCAACUCGCGCAGACGGACAUGGUGCUGGUGUUGCGGGACGGCGCCAUCAGCGAGGCCGGCACCUACCAGCAGCUGCUGGACAAGAAGGGCGCCUUCGCCGAGUACCUACUACACCAUCUCAGCGAGGCGGAGCGGGCGGAACCGGAGGAAUUGGACAAGAUUAAGCAAGAUCUUGAGAGCAAGUUGGGUUCGGAGUUCCAGAACAAACUACAGCGCGCGCGCUCCCUGUCCGAGAGCGCCAGCGAGUCAGAACAGGGCGCUGGAGAUCGGCGGGAGAGUGUUAAGAAACGUACACCGGAAAUGACACCCAACGAGCUCAAAGAGAAGAACAAACUUAUUGAAACAGAAAAGACUGAAACCGGAAGCGUGAAGUGGGCGGUUUACAAGCACUACCUGAUGAGCGUGGGCGUGUUCGCGUCGUGCGUCACCGUGGUCAUGAACCUCGUGCUGCAGCUGUUCCAGGUCGGCUCCAACUACUGGCUUGCCGAGUGGUCCAACGACAAGGAUAUGAUGGUUAACGGAACUGUAGACACGGCUCGCCGGGAUCUAUAUCUCGGCGUAUACGGCGGACUUGGCGUUGGACAAGUGGUGUCGGUGUCGAUCUCGUCGCUGGCGCUGUACCUGGGCACGCUGGGAGCGGCGCGCUACCUGCACGCGGCUCAGCUGGGCGCGGUGCUGCGCGCGCCCGCCAUCGGCUUCUUCGACUGCACGCCGGUCGGCCGCAUCCUCAACCGGUUCAGCAAGGACAUCGACGUCGUGGACAACGUGCUGCCCAUGACGCUGCGAGGAUGGACCUCCUGUUUCUUCGCGGUCCUGGGCACGCUGUUCGUGAUCAGCUACUCGACUCCGAUUUUCAUGGCUGUGAUCGUGCCGAUAGGCGUGGUGUACUACCUCAUACAGCGGUUCUACGUGGCCACGUCCCGGCAGCUCAAGCGUCUGGAGUCCGUCUCCCGCUCGCCCAUAUACUCACACUUCGGCGAGAGCAUCACGGGCGCGUCCACGAUACGCGCGUAUGGGGUUUUGGAAAGGUUCGUGGAGGAGUCUGAGCGCGGCGUGGACCACAACCAGGCGUGCUACUACCCCAGCUGCAUCGCCAACCGCUGGCUGGCCGUCCGCCUCGAGAUGAUCGGCAACCUCAUCAUAUUCUUCUCGGCGGUGCUCAGCGUGCUCGGCCGUGACACCAUGAACGCUGGUCUAGUCGGCUUGUCCGUCAGUUACGCGUUACAGAUCACACAAACACUCAACUGGCUCGUGCGGAUGACGUCCGAAGUGGAGACUAACAUCGUCGCCGUCGAGAGGAUAAAGGAGUACGCCGAAACUAAACAGGAAGCGCCAUGGACGAUCGGUGCCGGUCCGGGCGCGGGCUGGCCGGCGACGGGCGCGCUGCAGCUGGAGCAGCUGUCCCUGGGCUACCGGUCCGGCGAGCCGGCGCUGCGAGACCUCACCUGCACCGUCGCGCCGAGAGAGAAGCUCGGCAUCGUCGGCCGCACCGGCGCCGGCAAGUCCACGCUCACGCUUGGACUGUUCAGGAUAGUAGAAGCGAUGAAGGGCAAGAUCCUGAUCGACGGCGUGGACAUCUCCACCAUCGGGCUACACCAGCUGCGGUCCCGCAUCACGAUCAUCCCGCAGGACCCGGUGCUGUUCUCGGGCACGCUGCGCAUGAACCUCGACCCGUUUGGAGCGUACAGCGACGACGACAUCUGGCGGUCGCUGGAGCACGCGCAUCUCAAGACUUUUGUGCAGGGUCUGUCAGCGGGUCUCCUGCACGAGGUGUCUGAAGGCGGUGAGAACCUGUCGGUUGGGCAGAGACAACUCGUGUGCCUGGCGCGCGCGCUGCUGCGGAAGACGCCGCUACUCGUGCUGGACGAGGCCACCGCCGCUGUGGAUCUCGAGACGGAUGAUCUUAUACAGAAAACCAUUCGUUCGGAGUUCGCGUCGUGUACAGUGCUGACUAUCGCGCACAGACUGAACACGAUCAUGGACUCGACGCGCGUGAUGGUCCUCGACCGAGGACAGCUGGUAGAGUUCGCGCCGCCGGAACAGCUGCUCGCUGACAAGAACUCCAUCUUCUACGGCAUGGCCAAAGACGCCGGCCUCGUCAACUAACAAAACCUAACCUCACUUGCUCAAAGACCUAAACAAAAUGGCGGCGUCAAUUUUAGUCUCGCGCCAAAAGUGUUUUUAUACAGACUAAAUCUAGUGGAUGUUUGAUGAUAAGUGCCCGGUCUUUGGUUUUUUGUCAGGAAAUCUAUCAAUGGCUUUUGAUUGACUAAUGUCUAAAAGUUAACCUAUCAAAACUCAAAUGAGUAUAAUAUAAACUGCUGCAAACAACCUAAGCUGGGCAUAAGUCACGUGACUUACUAAUUUCAAAACCAUAAGAUGACGCGUGCUACUUCGUUAUCUCUUUAUUACGGUUUUAUUGUAAUGACCGGCUUUUGUGGUAAAUGUGACAUUACUUUAUGUCGUAUAAAAAGGCUUGUGAUUGCUUAGGCGUAUUAACCGAUCAAAUACGAUAUUUAAUAAUAGAAAUAUUUGUUAAAUUUACCCCAGAAGCUGGGCACGAAUGCUGGAAACUGAUGAUUUGUCGACCUUUGCGCCGUAACCAACCAUUACAGACUAAAUAAUUCUCAAAUGAGCUUAAAAUAGCGAAUUUUAUUAUGAAACUUAGACAGCUUAAAAAUAGCGGAUCCUAUUAUGAAUAAUAGCAACACUACUACUAUUAUUUUUGAACUGAGCUACAAGUAUCUUUUAAAAUAGUCCACAAAAAAAAUCUGAUUCCAUCCUACAAUAGCAAUAUUAGUUAAAUAUACUGCAAACUGGAAUCCGAAUAGAGCUUUCUAGACUAUUCUAGAUUUAAAGAUUUAAAACAAAGUGUCAGCCGGCGCCUUGCGGCAGCUACCGCACUCGUGCACGUGUUCGUAGGGUAGUUAUCGUUCGGAGAACCUUUACAUUGUACAUAGAUUUGUAUACGUAUCAUCUGUAGGUAUAAGUCAGUCUAUGGUUUGCUUGGGCGUCGAUCACAACUUAGAUUCAUCGAAGAAGAACUUAAAUUAUUUAAAGGUACCACAAAUUUUAUGCAGGCGGUCUAGAAUAAGUUUUAACUGAAUGACCGGUGUUUUAGCAUUUAUUUUUAAACUAGACUAUACGUAGUUACCACUGAGCCGCCCGAAUUCGUUACUCACAUAAGGUACUUAAGUAAUUUAUAUCGUUUUAUAUUUGCAAUAAUUGUGUUUGGUGUGUUUUGAAUGACAUACAUACUGCCGAAGUAACUCGUGCAACCUCGUCAAUUACACGCAUGACAAUAACACGAAACAUUUUCUGUGGACAAAAUUGAAUGACGUCAGUAUGACGCAGAAGAGUACGCCAUGUCUACAGAAAUUUCGUCUGGAUAGCAAGUACUAGCGUGAUCAUUUUCAACGGAUUUUCACAACAGAAAUCCAGACUCUCGAAUAAAAGUUGAUUUGUGUUUUUGUUGCAAUCAAAAUCGACGUCAAUUUUAUCGAUUAGCAGGAAUCUUAAUUAUUUUAUAAUUUAAAUAUUUUAAAAGCAAUACUUACUAACGAAUGGUAGUGCCACUUAACUAGGAGAAUUGCACGAAUUUAA